AUUUACUAGCUGUAUUUCCUGCUUGCUGUUUUCAGUCGAAGCAAUGGCAGAAGUGAAAGCCUCCCUGAUUUUUGGCGUUGCAGCGGCUUUCCUAAGGCUUUCAGCAGUGCUUGCAUUUGUUGAAGAUCUAGAUGACACAUUUAAAGACACCAGAGUGAACGAUAUCUGGCUGGUUGAUUUCUAUGCACCGUGGUGCGGCUACUGUAAAAAACUAGAGCCAGUGUGGCAUGAUGUGGGAGUUGAGCUGAAGACCUCCGGGUCACCGGUCCGUGUGGGAAAGAUGGAUGCCACUGCUUACUCUGGAAUGGCAUCAGAGUUCGGUGUUCGUGGUUACCCCACAAUAAAACUGUUAAAGGGUGAUCUCGCCUAUAAUUACAAGGGACCAAGGACAAAAGAUGAUAUCGUAGAGUUUGCCAACAGGGUGGCAGGACCGGCCGUCCGGGCACUCCCCAGCAAGCAGAUGUUCGAACACAUGAUGAAGCGACAUGACGUGCUUUUUGUGUAUGUCGGCGGGGAGUCUCCCCUCAAAGAGAAGUACAAUGACGUAGCCUCUGAGCUCAUUGUCUACACUUAUUUCUUCUCGGCUUCAGAGGACGUCUUUCCAGAGUCAGUAACUUUGCCAGAGCUUCCUGCGGUUGUAGUCUUUAAGGAUGGAGCCUACUUUACCUUUAAUGAGUACGAAGAUGUUAGUUUGUCAUCAUGGGUGAACAAGGAGCGCUUUCAAGGAUACCUUCAGAUUGACGGCUUUACACUGUAUGAGCUUGGAGAAACAGGCAAAUUGGUGGCGAUUGCAGUCAUCGAUGAGAAGGGCCCCACAGAGGAGAGUGGCAGAUUAAAGACCUUGAUUCAGAGGGUGGCGAAGGAAUACAGAGAACAUUUUAACAGAGACUUCCAGUUUGGCCACAUGGACGGGAAUGACUACAUUAACAGCCUCAUUAUGGGCGAAGUGACCGUGCCCUCUGUUAUCAUCCUCAACACAUCCAACGAGCAGUACUUCCUGCCCAGUGAGCCAAUUGAGACCAUGGAGCAGCUGGUCCAAUUCAUCAACAGUGUUUUGAACGGUUCUGCACAGGCGUAUGGAGGGGAUGGCUUCAUUCAGAGGAUCAAGCGCGUGGCCUUUGAUGCGAGAUCCACCAUUAUGUCAGUGUUUCGCAGCUCUCCACUGCUGGGCUGCUUCCUGUUCGGCCUACCGCUGGGUGUAAUUAGCCUGAUGUGCUAUGGCAUCUGCACAGCUGAGUCGGAUGACGGUUCGGAUGACAUGGAUGCGCUCAAGAGGGAGGGCCUGACAGAUGAGGAGGAGGAGGAGGAGGAGGAGGAGGAGGAGGAGAGGCAAGGCACCGCUGAGCUGGAGGGCCCUGAAGAGGGUGAGGGUGAGGACGAUGAUGCUGGAGAGAAGGAUCCCGAAGAGAAGAAAACUGAUUAACACAGGGGCUCCCAUCGGCUAGAGGAGGAUAGACCUAGUCAAAUGCAGUGACAUGAAACUCAAAGACAUAUCAAUGUAUUAUUGUUCUGCUUCUUUGUCUUUCAUGUCACUUCCCCUCGAAGUCCCUCUAGCACAGACUGUUUCUGUGUCAGUGUGUAAGGUCAGCUGCUUGGUAAAGCCAUCGAAUCAUGUUUAAAACUAACAGCCGUUUUAAUGAUGCAGUGUAAACAAUAUAAUUUUCAAGAGAAGAAGGGAUGGUUGUGAACCAAAUAUACCACUUAUUUAUUAUGAUUCGACCAACUAGUGGUUUAUUCCAUGUGAUGUAUGACCCUUUCUCUGACAUUGGUCGUUGUUUUGUAACCACUUCAAAUGCUCUUAUAUUUUUUUGUCAUAUCCCAAUCUCUUCUAUUUCUCCUUUUUGAUUCCAUUUUGCUAUGAUAUCCUAGAAUAGUACAUGUUGAAGAUAGCAGAUAAAUCUUACCUUCAAACUGAAUACAACAUACAUACACAAACAUUUUGUUCACCUCUUCCUCCAACCCAAAGUGUAGGCUUAUCAUGUGUAGUGAUUGGUGAGAAUAGAAAGCAAAGGAAGUGCCCAGGAAGGAAAAUCUGACAUAAAUGAAUUGUGCUUUUUCUAUUGUAUAUUGUUGCCUGAAAAAUGUUCUUCCUCUAGGGAUGCAAAGUGCUGAGCGUUUCUCAUGCCAGCCACCUGUUAGUGUCCAUUUAUGAAGAGAGCGAGAAUGGUAAUUGGUAUCAGUCUGUCUGAUACUGGGAUAUGGCAUAUGCACUUUUUUCUUUUAACUCAUUUCAACCAACCUGCAAAAAAUUCCUAGUAUAGAUGCAUUGUAUCUGUACAGCAGACCCCCAUAACAUGCAUCAGUAGUUCCUGCGGCUUUUAACAUCUCAUAUUCCUCAGAUAGACCGGCUCUGUCUGUCUCCAUAUUUCAAUCUGUCGUCCAUCACCGGUUGCUGUAUUGAAUGCAGGAGGCAGGUUGAAGUUUACAUCCCGAUGCACAGAAGUACACAGAGCGUACAAAAUAUCAGGACUGUCUUCCUUCCACUUAGGUCCAACCUUUUUUUGUUAUAUCCCACUAUUGUCAGUUAAAGUCUAUGUCUAUGUGGUGGCCAGCCUAUUUAAAACCGCAAGUGUUCCUAAAAUCUGCUACACCCACUUUAAUACCAUUUUGAUGAAAAAUGCACAGUAGAGUGCACCUUGUUGACAUGUUAAAGAACCUGGAAACAUGUUUCAUUAUCUUUAGUAUCUAUAAAAUGAAAUCCUUGCCACUAAAGAAGGAAACAGUACAGCUAAAAAUGUGUUACUUUUUAAAAACAGUUAAAACUCAAACUCAGGGUGUGAUUUGAUUUACAGUGGUGUUUCCGUGGCAACAAAAGCUGAUUUCCUAACAUCCGUAGUUAGAAUCUCACUCUUGAUGGAUGAGACAAGCAGACAAAACACAAACACUGUGUAAACAUCCCUCGUGUUAAAGAACCAGGAUGGUUCCACAUUUGGCAGAUAAUAGUGUAAUCAUGUUGGACCCCAUCACUUACAGUAUGAGCUGAUGAUUUAAUUUAAAAUAAUAGUUUUUUUUAGAGAUUUUGGGAGUAUACGGUACACUUAUGCUAAUUCAGUCUUGCCAAGAGUUAGAUGAGAAUGUUCAUACCACUCAUGUCUGAAGGGAAAAUAUGAAAAUAUUUAGCUUAGCACAAAGACUGUGAACAGGGAGAAAAAUGGCAUAAGGUUGCAGUUUUUCAACAAAAAAGUUUAAUGUGUGAAUUAGUGAGCUUUAGUGGUGCUUGUAGGCAGUUGCUUCCAGUCUUUAUGCUAAGCUAAGCUAUUGAGACAUGAGGCAUCAAUCUUCUCAUCCAAAUCUCAGAAAGAAAGUGAAUAAGCAUACUUCCAAAAAUGUCAAACCUUUCCUCUUGAGGGGUAUGCUGGAUUAUUAUUUGCCCUGCACCUGUUACAUUAUUCAUCUGAAACAUUCACACAUUUUAUUUAAUGCACAGAGCUGCAAAGCAAUUAUAAGUCUGAAAUGAGCAAUGAAAGCUCCUAUAACAGGCUUUCUCUCAAGGGAACAGUGCAUGGUAAUGAAUGAACAUUUUGUUCAUUCUUGACCUUGGGAAGGAGUAUGACAAAGUAAUCCUAACUCCAUGACAGCUGUGCAAAGUGGACCUUGAAUUAAGAUGAUCUUUUAAAAUGGUAAUGAAUGUUUUGAGCUGUUAAAGCUAUUCAUUUGUAAAGGCAAUCCCCAAUCCCUAGCCCCAUUCUGUAACCCUUUUCCAGAAGUGUAGCUGAGUAAUAUGACGGCUACAGGAUUUGUUAUUCAUUAUUGCUCAUUUCAUCGUGCUUUUGUAGCUCAGUAAAUCUUGUAACUUGAUAAACUUAGGCACCUCAACCUAAGCACACCUGUUGUUUUUAAUAUACAGAGGUUAUCUGUAGCAUUACUGUGAAACUGCACUGAAGGAAACCAUGCCCUCGCCUUGCCUUCUGGUCUUUGUAGUUGCCUACCAUUCUCUGCCAAACUUCCUCUUUGGGUUUGAAUUGAGAUUGUCACACUUUAUUACAGGUUUGAAAGAUUGAAAUAAAGAUUGUCCUCUUUUUUU